CGCUAAAGCGAAAGUGAGCCAGCGUGUUUUGAGAGGAGCGCGUAUUAAUGAGGAUAUUAUCGGUUUCAGGCCGUUAAUGAACGCUCGUUUUAGGUAAUAAAGCUCAUUCAGUGUCGUACGGCUGGCCGCCCGUAGCCAUAGCAACCGGGCGAGCAUAGCAACCGAGCUCGGUUCAGCUGAACUGACCCCGACCUGGUGCGGUGAUACCGGCGCAGUCGGGCUGCUGUGGCCGGGCCAGGGCGCGAUGAGCUCGGUCGGGAGGAGCGGGCUGAUCGGGCUGGGUGUGGGAGUCACCGUGAGCACCGGAGUCAUCGCCUUUCUCAUCAUCAGAGAGAUGCUGCGGCGGAGAAACCAGCGGCUCCUGCUGGAGGCCGGCGGCCCGGGGCAGCUGGUGGUGGACGGGCGGCUGUCCCUCACGCAGCGCGGCCGAGACCCGGCGUUGUUGGCGUCUGCGCUGCGUGGUUUGACCCCAGAGCAGCAUGUUGAGCUGAGGAAUACACUGGACGAGGUGAUGAUGAGCGUGUCCAGCCUGAGGAAUGAAGUGGCCGAGCUGCGGUCCGGCCUGAGAGAGAUUGCCAGCACCAUCAUUGAGGAUGUCCGAAAGGGAGUGGAGGAGGGUCAGAGGUCACGCCGGAGACGUCACUACUUGCCGCGGGAGCGUUCAGACUCCAUGAGCUCCAGUUCCAUCUACUUCACAGCCUCAGCUAGUCUCUAUGGUGACAGCGAGGGAGGAUAUUCCACAGCCUACUCCAACGUAGAAUCCGACUACACGGACAGAGAGACGGACAAAGAGGAAAACGGUGAUGAGCAGGAAGAGGAUGAUGAUAAAGACUCGGAGGAUGAAGAGGAGAGGAGUUGCGCAACGGUGCUGACGCUCAGGCAGGACGACUCUCAGGCUGAGGAGGAGGAUGGAGAGGAUGAUGAAGGAGCGACGGCGGCGGUGGUGGCGGUGGUAACGGAGGAGCCGAGUCCCGAACUGGCCUUUCUGCUCACGCACAGCGACCUGCUGCACGCAGGGGAUUCUGGGAAAAAAGCGGAGGGGUUCCAUCUGCUGAGAGAAAACAAACCACUGUAUGGUGACAGUGUAGCGUUUCUAUGGCGACUGGCUCGAGCCUACAACGAUAUGUGUGAGCAUGCGGAGGAUCAGGAAGAGAGGCGGAGCUACGCAGAGCAAGGUCGCGAUGAGGCAGAGGCGGCGCUCCAGCGGAACGGACUGAACGCGGAAUGCCACAAGUGGUUUGCUGUUCUGACCGGUCAGUCGUCGCAGUACGAGAGUAUGCACGGUAAACUGAAGAGCAGCCACAUUCUGAAGGAGCAUCUGGACCGAGCUCUGUCCCUGCGAGACGACGACCCGCUCUGCUUCUACCUGCUGGGCCGCUGGUGCUUCGAGGUGAGCAGGCUGAGCUGGGUGGAGAAGAAGGCAGCAGCUGCUCUGUUUGACACUCUGCCUAACUCCUGUCUGAACGAUGCUCUGGAGAACUUCCUCAAGGCUGAGGAGCUGAACCCCGGCUUCUCCAGGACUGUGAGACUGUACAUCGCCAAGUGUCAUAAGGAGCUGGGGAAUCACUCAGAAGCUCGAAACUGGGCUCAGCUCGCACUGAGCAUGCCCAGCUCCACCGGCCAGGAAACGGACAUCUCUGGGCUGGAGGCGGAGCUCCAGGCUUUGAUUGACAGCGCAGCAGACAGCUAAGGCGGGGCUUGGAGGACGAGGAGAACCCAUGAGUGUAGGACUGUUUAUAGCAGCUCAGAGUCGGCGCUCACUCUGCUCUACACGGCGUAUCUGUGAAGAUCCUCCAGCAAGAACUGAAGACUGUCCAGCAGGAACGUCCCUCACCUCUUCUCCUAUUGGACGGGCUUGACUUCAGGCUUAAAUGAUCCGGCUAACUGAGAAAUCCUGCUCUGAGAAAACCGUCCUGGUCAUGAAAACUGACAUUUAUAAAUCAUUCCAAAUUUUAAAAAGAUGUUUUCGAAUCCAAAAUGCAGAAAUCCGAUUCCAGUCCUGGAUUUUGAAUCACCAGUAGGCCUCACACUAGGUGGCCACUCUUUUCCAUCAAGAGUGAAGUAGCAAGUACAAAAUCCAGGACUGGAAUUUGGAUUCAGGGUCUGCAUUUGAAGACGUCUGUUGUAAAACAUCGCUGUGAUGUGAAAGCCUUGUAACCUCAUUUCGUGAUGAACGGACCAACAUAUGAAUCUAAAUUUACAAAUUAUACAUUUCAAAUAAAGUCUAGUCACAAUUCUA